AUGCGAAAUGAAAGGGAAAAUGUUAGACCAGGAACAGACAAAAGUGCUGAAGAUUCGACUAGGCAAUUGAAAAAAGGACGAGAAAAUACCAGUCGGCCGCCGUUGCUGCGCGGGCUGCUGCUGGUUCUGUUGUUGCUGCUGCUCCUGAGACUGAGCCGGUGGCUGCGGCUGGUUCUGCUGCUCCUGAGACUGAGCUGGUGGCUGCGGCUGGUUCUGCUGCUCCUGAGACUGAGCUGGCGGCUGCGGCUGGUUCUGCUGUUGCUGCUGCUCUUGAGACUGAGCUGGCGGCUUGCGGCCUUGGUUCGUGCUGUUGCUGCUGCUCCUGAGACUGAGCUGGCGGCUGCGGCUGUUCUGCUGCUCCUGAGUCUGAGCCGGCGGCUUGCUGCUGGUCUUGACGGCGCGGAAUCCUGGUUCGAUCCCUUCAGCCUGGCGCUGGCGCUGCGGCUCGUCGGGCGAGGAGUGGGCAGGAGGUUGGGCCUGCUGGUCGCCGGUGUUGGUGGAGCUCGAACCACUGGCGCCUGCGCGCUACCGCCGCUGCUGCUGCUGCUGGCGUCGCUGGCUUCUGGCUGGCCGGCGGAUGCGCUGCUGGAGCCCUUCGCGCUUGGCCUAAACCUCAAAGACAAUUGGGCGCCUGGAAGCAAUAGGCUCAGCCAGGAGCAGGCAACAGAGCGCAACGAAAGUGCAGAAUGUAAGCAGAAAUGUGGUAGAUGCAGAAGAGACUUCAGUUCUUUUCUGCAAUUGAAUCCGUCUAACGAGAUAAUGACCUUCAGAGCGGCGCCGUGGCGACCCUGGCGGCGAGUAGAAGACCCUCUGGGGCGUCGCGACCGCCCUCCCUCGGGGCGUGCUGUCUCACACGUCCAUCCCGUCUUCCCUUCUGUCCCUCCCUCCCUCUCGACAACGGCAGUCCCUCUAGGAAAAACAACACAACUUCUGCCACAGCGAUUGUUUCUUUUUGUCACCGAGCUGUCUGUGCCUGGCGGCGCCUGCGGCGGAGGCGGCAGCGACGCCCGCGGCGGACGACGUCGACGACGAGGCGGAGUAGAGCGCGCCGCGGCGGCGCAGGGCGCACACGAUGGCCUGGUCGAAGGCCUCCUUGAGGUCGCGUUGCGUGAGCGCCGACGUCUCCACGUAGGUGGCGGCGCCGAUCCGCCGCGCCAGCUCCCGCGCCUGCGCCUCCGUCACCGGCGCCUGCUUGUAGCGCGCCAGCUGCUGCAGCAGGCGCACGUCGCGCCGCCGGUCGCUCUGCGUGCCGAUGAGCAGCAGCGCCGCGUCGGGGCAGCGCCGCCGCACCUCGGGCAGCCACUUGUCCGAGAUGUUCUGGAACGACGUGGGGCACACCACGCUGAAGCACAGCAGGAACACGCAGACUAUCGGUUGGAUUUUAAUAUGUCAAAUCUGGCCGACGUUGAAGAGAAACAAUAUAAGGAAGACGCGAUGGACUGCCAGUGCGCGCGCGAGCGAGCGGCCGUAGCGAUGGAAGGAAGAAGGAGGCUUCGGCGGCGGCGGCAGCCCUGGGAUCUUCUCGGGCGCCUGCACGCAACGGGCGGCCUCUGCCGCCGCCGCCGCCGCCGCCUCGCCCGCCGCGGGCCCUCCUCUCCAGAGACGUAA